AUGUUCACACAUCCAUGGGCUUUAUUCUUCGAGAUAUUCUUACCAGUAUUCUUCGGCUCUCUUUUUAUUCUUGGUCGAUAUUUUGGCGAGGCCGAAGUUAAGGCGCCUACAACCUGGGAAACCUUUGCUCCUCGUCAGCUUAAUCCUAUGAAUAUGAUGAAUCUCUGUCGAUACCAUGACUAUGGACUCCUCAACGAGGAACCAAUGGAACUCGCCUACUCACCAGACUCACUGGCCGCAAAACAGGUCAUGGAUGAGGUCUUCAACGAUCUUAUAUAUACCAACUGGAAUUUCAGUAAUCCGGCAACGUUCCUUAACCCCAUUGUUACUCCGUUAAUUUUGUGCCCUCCAACCGACAUCUUUUUCAAUUUCACAAAUAAGACAGAACAGCAGAUUAGUGAUUACACAUCAACUUUCGUCGAAGUAUCAUGGUCUCUUCGGCCCUUCCUAAGUGAAGACGACCUAACGGAAUUCAUCAAAACCUCCGAAUCGGCAGAUCAAAUCUUCAUGGCAGUUUCUUUUAAUGAAUCAACUUGGAAUACCGAUACUAUUCCUGAUUCUCUUGACUACAAAAUCCGGCCACAAGCAGUUCCACGCAGCGAGUUGGCGCAAGAAGGGAUCAAAGCUGCUCUAGGCUGGAGAACACAUACUCUUUAUCCGAUCAUGAAAGAAUUCGCUGGACCAAGAGAUGGAUCUGAUCCUUCCGGUGGAUCGCCUUAUUACCACGCUGAAGGGUUUAUCUACUUACAGUACUUGGUCAACAACGCAUUCAGCCGAGAGAAGACCUCUUCAGAUUUCGGCCCAGUUGAAAUGAAGCGAUUCCCUUAUCACGAAUACACUCAAGAUCCGCUGGCAAAUGGCCUCCAGAAUGACAUCUCAUUCAUUGUUCUCAUCACAACAUUGUACCUGGCUUCUGGGACGGCAAAAACACUCGUCGUUGAAAAAGAAACUCGACUCAAGGAAUACAUGCUGAUGAUGGGAUUGAGCCGGAACACACUCUGGCUUUCGACAUGGAUCUUUUCAUUGGCGAAAUUCGUCAUUACGGCCAGCACUUACACAGUUAUUAUGUUCUAUCCUUUUACCGAUAAUGGCGCAGUCUAUUUGAUUUCGAAUUGGUAUGUCUUCUUCGUCUUUCUUCUUUCAUAUGGAACAGCUCUCAUCUCCUUUGGAUUCUUCAUGGCUUCUUUGUUCAGCAGCUCAACUUCUGCAUCCAUGGCCGCUGGUGGAAUAACUUACUUGAUGAUGAUCCCGAAAGAUUUUUUGAAAAUUCAACAGGCGGGGUACACUGCAAAGGUUCUUUUCUCAAUCUUUCCACCUAUCGCCAUGUCCCUUGGUCUGGAAGCCGUGGCAAAUUGGGAGAUCGCAGGCGAAGGAGCAUCUUUCUCGAAUUUCUUCACUCCACUUUCAACCACGAACGAAAUCAAUGUCGGUACUCAAAUGCUUAUUCUUCUUUUUGACAGCGUCCUCUACUUCUUGCUGGGUCUCUACUUCGAUACUAUUCGCCCUGGACAGUGGGGAAUUCCAAAACCUUGGAACUUUUUCUGCCUCCCUUCAUACUGGAGUCCACCGAAGAAAAAUCAAAUAAAUGCUGACCAAGCCGAAACCACUAAUCCCCUGGUCCAAAAACUACCUGCUGGAGAAAUAAAAGAAUCAGGAUUCAGGCUACGAAAUCUCGUCAAAGAAUUUGAAGAUAAAGGAAAGCCAGAACCGUUCAGAGCUGUUGACAAUCUAUCAAUCGACGCGUACCAGAAUGAAGUCACUGUCUUACUCGGACCAAAUGGCGCAGGAAAAUCAACGACAAUUAAUAUGAUGUCGGGAAUGCUCGUUGCUGAUUCUGGUUCAUGCGAAGUUGGAGGAUACAAUAUCAAAACGAAUCCUUGGGCCGCCAGAUCUAGUCUUGGUCUUUGUCCUCAGCAUGACAUCCUUAUCGCUGAGCUUACUAUUCGUGAGCAUCUUAUUUUCUUCGCUGAAAUCAAAGGCUUCACGAAUGCGCAAGCAAAGCUCGAAGCAAGUUCGCUAGUGCAUGACAUUCAGCUUGGCUUAAAGCAAGAUGUUUAUUCGACAAAGCUCUCCGGUGGUAUGAAACGAAAGCUCUCAAUCGGUAUCGCCCUCUGUGGUGGGUCCAAACAUUUGAUUCUCGACGAACCAAGCUCUGGAAUCGACGUACGAGCGAGAAGAGAGCUCUGGAAGAUCCUUGACAAAUAUCGACGAACGCAUACAAUGCUCUUAUCAACUCAUUACAUGGACGAAGCAGAACAAUUGGCUGAUCGAAUUAUCAUUAUGGCUAGAGGAAGCGUUCAAUGCUCAGGAACCGUUCUUUUCCUAAAGCAGAAACUCGGCUCGGGGUAUCAUCUUACGAUGAGUAUGUCAGAAUCUACCGAUUUCCCUUCUUUGGAAAGCACAAUCCGAAAUGUUUGCUCCGGUGCGUAUGUCGAGAAAGUCUACGGGCAAGAAUGCGACUUUAUUUUGCCCUUCGAAGAUGCAGAAAAAUUUCCAGAGUUGUUUGAAAUCCUCGAAAAGUCACGCGAAAGUCUUGGAGUCUCCAGUUUUGGCGUCUCUGUAACAACAAUGAACGAAAUUUUCCUGAAAAUGACGAAGACCAAGGCAGAUCUUGAAGCAAAGAGAUCUGUUACAUCUGCCAUUGAAAACGACGAAAUUCUUCAACAAAUGACUGAAAAGAUUGAGCUUCUGACUGGUCCCGCUCUUCGUUUCCAACAAUUCAGAGGUUCUUUCAUCAAGUGCAUGUAUCAUUCUCUUCGAAAUAUCAAGACUAUGCUUACUUCUCUCUUCUUCCCUGCUUUGUUCGUUUCUUUGGCGGUCUUCACCAUUGGCUUUAUUCCUGUCAUUGGCGAGCAGGACCCGAUGGAUCUUUCGCUGACUCCUUACGAGGGUUCCAUCAAAACUGAUAAUGGCCUAUCAAACAUUCUGAUUGACAAUGCUGGCUUCCAAGAUGGAAUUGACCGUACUUUUGGCAACGUAGACAAGAUCGCCAAUGUAAUUGAUAUCAAUCUUCAUGAUGAAUACGGAAACUUCUCCGAAUGGGAUGACCACAUUUUGCAACUUCAAGACGAAGAGAAAUCUAAAUUCAACAACGAGUACAUAAUGUCCUUCCAGCUCAACAGUACUGGCGAAAAACUCGCCCUCUUCAACAAUGAAGCUUUCCACACUCCAGCUACGGCGAUGCAUUACAUGAGUCUCAUUCUUCUCAAGCAGCAGGACGAGAACUUGAACAUCAAUGCUCAAAACCACCCGCUUCCGCCUGAUUCUGGAACCUCUGUUUCCAGCAACGUCAGUACCGCUAUUCAAGGAAUCAUUGUCACCUUCGAUCUUAUUAUUGGAAUGAUGCUCAUGUACGCGCAGUUCUCGCUGCUUCCUGUUAAAGAGCGAGAACAGGGUGUUAAAAUAAUGCAAAAAUGCUCUGGUGCACCUCUUUGGAUUACCUGGUUAGCAAAUUAUUGCUGGGAUGUUCUGAAUGCUCUUCUACCAAACAUCUUAGUCAUCGUCAUUCUUCUCAUUGGUGCCCAAAACUACGAAAGCCUCGAAAUCUUUGGCGAAGAAGCUUUCGCAGUCUCCCUUGCCAUGUUUGUCACGUCAUUGGCCAUCAUCCCUUGCGUCUACUGCUUCAGCUUCUUAUUCAAAAAUCCCGCCAACGCGUCCAACUACAUCGGAUUCCUCAACUUCGCACUUGGUCUUAUUUUAUUCAUUGUCAACAUGAUCAUCUUUGCGUUGGACAUUGAAGAGGAUACAAAAGAUUUGUAUGACAAGAUAUUCUCUUUCGCUCCUCAAUUUUGCUUCGCGCAAAUGAUCUUCAUCACCUUCUACAAUGGUAACAUCCGAAAGUCUUGCGAAAAGAACGAGAUCACGAAAGCAACUUGCGAGCAAAUGGAGUUUAACUAUGUUGAUAAUAUUCUAACGACAGAGGAUGGCGGAAUCGGAAAAUAUCUCUUGUUUUCAGUUUACAUGAUUUUCUUUUAUUUCGCGAUUCUUUCAUUGAUUGAAUGGGAAAGCGGCACUGGAGUUAUCAGAGCGUUCUUCGGCUGUAAAGGAGGAAGUAACAAACCUAAAGAUCCAGAGGCAGAAAUUGAAUUCGAAGACGAUAGUGACGUCAUCGCGAUGGCUAAAAAAGUCAAUGCAGGUGCCAAAGACUUGACAAAGAACCACUCUCUCGUCGUCGACAAUUUGGAGAAGAACUACGAUGGUUUCCGCGCAGUAAAGGGUGUCAGUUUCACUGUCAAGCCAAACAGCUGCUUCGGUCUCCUUGGUCCAAAUGGCGCCGGAAAAACUUCGACUUUUAAGAUGCUCACUGGUGAAGAGUCUGUCUCAAGAGGAUUCGCGUAUAUCAAUGGCCUGGAAAUACAGAAAGAUCGAUUCGGAAGUCUGAGAGAAUUCGGCUACUGCCCGCAAUUUGACGCUCUUCUUCAGCAACUGACUGGUCGAGAGACUCUUUAUUUGUAUGCGAGAUUACGAGGCGUUCCAGAGAAGAUUCUUCCUAAGAUGGUUCAAAAUCUAAUCGAACUCGUUGGAAUCAAGCAAUACGCCGAGCGUCCAUCUUCAACGUACUCUGGUGGUAACAAGCGAAAACUCUCCGUCGCCAUCGCCCUCACUGGUUAUCCCCGGGUAACAAUCAUGGACGAGCCUUCUUGCGGCUUAGAUCCUGGCGCUAGACGACAGCUGUGGAGUGUCAUUUUGAGCGUCAUGAAAACAGGUGCUUCUGUUCUCCUUACUUCGCAUUCUAUGGAAGAAACCGCCGCUUUAUGCGAUGAACUGGCAAUAAUGGUCAAUGGGCGACUCAGGUGCAUCGGUGGGCAACAACAUCUCAAAUCAAAGUUCGGAAAAGGCGUAGAAAUCGAGGUUCAACUUCCAGAAGGCGGAAGAUCCUCUGACGUAACCAGCGAAAUCAUCAGAAGAAUGCCCUUCCUUCAAGUAAAGGAAGUCAAUCAGUCGUUUGUUUCCUUCCACGCUGAAACUGGAGCACAGCUUUCAACUUUAUUCAAAGAACUUCAAGCUACGAAGAAUUCUGGUGUAAUCGCUGGCUACACCGUCGAUCAGCCGACAUUGGAACAAAUCUUCAUCGAUUUAACGGGAAUCGAACAGAAGUAG